CCAACUACGCAUGCGUGUUUGAUUUGGCGAAGCACUCGAUUCUGUAUUGCUACCUCUCGCUCAGUACAUGGCAAAAAGUUACCAUUUCGCCCGCUUUUCUUACCCAGGUAACUAAAUCGACCGUGUCCACAGAAGCAAAACAAACUCUAUCGGCAGCUAACUGUUACUGCAGCUAGCUACUAGUUGCCCCUUGGUUUGAAAAGCAUUUAUUUGAGUUGGUCAUGGCGGAGGGCAGCGGAAGCAUUAAUCACGCAAGCCUGCCUCCGGGGGACCCUCAACUCAUCGCGAUGAUUGUGGAACACCUGAAGAACCGGGGCCUUUUCGACGAGUUCCGCAGGGACUGUUUGGCAGACGUUGACACUAAGCCUGCUUACCAGAACCUUCGCCAGAAGGUGGACAACUUUGUCACAUCCCACCUGAGCACUCAGGACUGGAACCCGUCCAUCAACAAGAACCAGAUGAGGAAUGGACUGAGACAAAGCGUUGUUCAAUCUGGCAUGUUGGAGUCUGGAGUGGACAGGAUCAUCACACAGGUCGUGGACCCAAAGAUGAACCACACCUUCCGACCACACAUCGAGACGGCCAUCCACGACUUUCUGUCAGGAGAGAAGAAGGAGGACAGCAACUCUGGGCCUCCUGAGCAGACAGAGCUAUGUGAAGCCCAGUCUGCUGCUGCUGAUUUCAGUGCGAAAACGCAUCGGAGUUCUUGUUCCAAAACUCUUCAUAGCCGUAGUCUCCUGUCGGCCACCACGCGCACACAGGGCUGCUCUGUGAUUGGCUGUCGUGAACGCGCACGGCCUCCGGGAGGCUGUAUAAAAACCGAGCGCGACUUGCGCCUCUCAAGCCACAUUCUUGGCCAGGCAAACAUGAACACGCAUGCGCCGCUCGUGCUCCUUCUUCUUUGGCUUUCAGCGUGCGGGCACUCGCGCUGUUCGGACCCGCGCAACCUCACCGAUAAACACGUGACUCAAGCUAAGCGUCGCCUCUCUCUGCAGAGCACAGCUGAUAUCCAGAGCUGCCUGCUGAGUUCAGAGGACGUCGGCUGUGGGACGUUUCAGUGUUUCAACAACAACUCGUGUGAGAUCCACGGCCUGCAUCACAUCUGUGUCACGCUGCUGCACCACGCAGGCCACUACGACUCACAGGGCAAGUCGUCUGUGAAAGAGGCGCUGCGUUGUUUGGCGUUGGGCCUCCGUCAGCGUUUCAGCUGUGUCAGUAGGCGCUGUGCGGCCGUGAAGGAUCUGGUCUUCUCUCUCCAGAGGGAAUGUUUCUCCAAACAUCAGCUUUGUCUCGCUGUGCGGGACCACAUGGACACCGUGGGGAGCCUGGUCAACUUCCACCUGCUCUUCCCUCCAGGGCCCUACGCCGAGCUGAUGAACUUCCUGUUGAAGUGCGGCGAUGAGGUCCGGUUUUGGGUGGGCCAACGCCUGCAGGGACAAUGUGAGCAUCACUGGGGGGCGCUGUGUGGCAGCCUCAGCACCACCUGUCCUGAUGGCCCACCCAUCAGCGGCCCCUCCAGCACGCCAAGACCACAAACCAGAGAGACCAACUUGGCAGACGGAGCAGAGCCCAACCGGCCUGACAACGUGACGUGGUCUGGACUUAACUCCACAGAGAACCACUAACCUCUUUUUGUUUUACGCUUUCUUUUGGACUGAGAACCAAGCCAGAUAUCUACCUCACCGCCAACGACCAGCAGGGGGCGCCAACACACUCUAUGCUAUUUUAUUUUGUAUUUAUAAAGCCCGUACUCGUUUCCUUCAAAGAGCAUCUGACUUUACACAAAUAUAUUUUUCAUCGUAUACUCCAACACUUUCAAGUCAAAUGUGACAUGUUUAUAUUUAAAUAAAAGUGGAACUAAAUGACAAUGACGUCAGUGCGUAGCGUACACUGCCACCGUCUGGCAGAGGAGUAGUGCUGCAGAUUCUAUUUGAAAACGUACAUCCACCUUUGAAAUAUUUGCUGCUGCUUAGGACAGACAAUCGGGUGCUAUAUGUACACUUGCAGGAAAGUCCAGGAUGUAGUAUCACUAGUAGUAGCACUCACUGUGUCAUUAUUGUUCCCUGGGGGAAAGGGGGGUCUAAAUGAAGGGGAAGAGGCGCUUCUUGAGGAUGUAUAGCACGGUGGCGAGGAACAGCGCCAGCGCCAAGAAGAUAAGCAGCUUGUCUGUCAGCUCUCGUCUGUUGUACUUGAGAAUCAACUUCCUGCCAAGAUGGAUAGUUCCCGUCAUGUUCUUAAACUCCUCGUUCGUCUCCUGCACCGUGCGGGAGGAGGUGGCUGAGAAGUGAGAGAGGAGUGCGUGUGACGUAGACACGAAGGAAACAUCAGGUGUCUUGCGCCUCCUCACCCAGCGUGCUGAUGCUGUCCUCACUCUGCUUGACCUGCUCCGCCAUCAUCCUGCUGAUGGACAUCAGGCUCUCUGUGAUGUUGCUGCUAUUCUCCACCAGACUUUCUUUAGUCACCUUCCUGAGGACACCACACUUACAGCAGCAGGUCAAAGGUCACAAAAGCCCCGCCCUGUCGUGAAGACAAACCUUGCUCUGACGCUCUGACCUCCUUCACGCAGCAGCUCGUCCUUCUCCAUUUUGUCCAUGGACAUGACAUACGCCACGUUGGCCUUCCUCCACGCUGUCUGGUUACUGUAACACAAAAUGUCAGCAUACGAAUACAACAUGUUGGAAGAUGACACAAAGUUUAACCUGAGCAUUUGUCUUCGCUGGCUCUCUGCCUCUGCUUGGAUGGACAUCCUGUCUGACUCUUUGUCCUGCUCUCUGGCCAUCUGCUCCAAAUCCUGCAAGAACACGAUCAGACGGUAACAACAAUAAAGCAGGCGUCAGGCAUACAGUCACCUGAA